AAAAAGUAAAUAAAAUGUGAUAUCUCGUGUUUUUUAUAAGAAAAUAUGGACAAUUCGUGUGUGAUUUGUAAGAAAGAUGCAACAUAUAAGUGCCCUACGUGUUUGAUAUCAUAUUGUUCUGCAAUUUGUUGCAAGGAACACAAAAAAGAUAACUGUGUGAUAAAAAAGCCCGAAAUUACUGAAAAAGAGAGUGAAAAUGCGUUUACCACGCCCAGUACAGUGCCCAAAGAGAAAUUGGAGCUGUUACGUGAAAGUAAAGAAUUAAAAGAAAUGCUGGGAAAUAAUCCACAUUUAAGGAACUUGUUAAGUAGCAUCGACAAAUGUGAAAAUGUAGAAGAUAUGAUGCAAAAAGUGAUGCUAGAACCAAUAUUUGUUGAAUUUGCUGAUGAAUGCCUUAAAAUUGUUGAAGAUAAAAAUAAUUUUGAUAAUUAGUAUUUGUACAUUAAAUUUUUUAAAUAAAACCCGA